ACAGGCAAUCGCAGGCGAAAAUGUCAAGGUGUGAACGUGGACGAUGAUGCACCGGAUAGGCAAUAGCAGCCAAUCCUUGACCCAUUUCUCUUUCCUUCGCCUGAGAGCGACCUGAGAACAGAGGAUCAAACAAAAAGGAGCCGUGAGCAGCUUGUGUCCCGUUCCUCUCGUGCUCUUUCUUCACCAGCCCGGCCAUUCAUUGGUUCCCUUCGCUAGCUUCCUCAGAAAGCCAUGCAGAUGCAGCCACGCCAUUGCCCAAGCAGGAGGCCUUUCCUCGGCCUGGCGCUCUUGCUGCUGGUCCUCGUCUUGGUCUCGCCGGCCAGCUCCUGCACGGAGCAGGAGAGGAGCUCCCUCCUCCAGCUCCUCGCUGGGCUCUCGCGGGACAACGGGCUCACGGCGUCCUGGCAGAGGGACAUGGACUGCUGCACGUGGGAAGGGAUCACCUGCGGCGGUCCCGAUGGGGCGGUCACUGGUGUUUCGCUGGCUUCUCGAGGCCUCAAGGGAUCCAUCUCGCCGUCCCUGGGUAACCUCACCGGCCUCCUCCGCCUCAACCUGUCACGCAACUCGCUGUCUGGCGGCUUGCCGCUGGAGUUGGUGUCGUCCAGCAGCAUCGUCGUCCUUGACGUCAGCUUCAACCGCCUGACUGGAGGCCUGAGCGAGCUGCCACCUUCAACACCUGCGCUGCCUCUGCAGGUACUGAACAUCUCGAGCAACCUGUUUACAGGAAGGUUUCCAUCUGCUAUAUGGGAGGUGAUGAAGAGCCUGGUUGCACUCAAUGCCAGCACCAACAGCUUUACUGGGCAAAUACCAAUUACGCCCUGUGUGAGUGCGCCAUCUUUGGCCGUGCUCGAACUCAGUUUUAAUGAAUUCAGUGGAAAUAUCCCUCCAGGGCUCAGUAAUUGCUCCGUCCUCGAACUGCUCGGCGCUGGCUACAACAACCUCAAUGGGACUCUUCCGGACGAGCUCUUCAAAGUUACCUCGCUAGAGCACCUCUCUUUACCUAGCAAUGGUUUAGAAGGAGCUAUCAAUGGCAUCAGCAAGCUCAAGAAUCUGAUCACCCUUGAUCUUGGGGGGAAUGGGCUCAGCGGCAGUAUUCCAGAGUCUAUAGGUGACCUGAAGAGAUUGGAGGAGCUGCAUUUGGAGCACAAUAACAUGUCAGGGGAGCUGCCACCAGCUCUGAGCAACUGCACAAAUCUCGUAACAAUUGACCUCAAGAGCAACCAGUUCAUUGGAGAACUUACCAAGGUCAACUUCACAAGCCUGCCCAAUCUGAAAGUUUUGGAUCUUCUCUACAACAACUUCACCGGCACAGUUCCAGAAAGCAUAUACUCCUGCAGCAGGCUGACUGCACUGAGGCUAUCUCACAACAAAUUCCAUGGCCAGUUGUCAGAAAGAAUAGGCAAUCUGAAGUCUCUCUCAUUCCUAUCACUUGUUAAAAACUCCCUUACAGAUAUCACAAGAACACUUCAGAUCCUUAGGAGUUGCAGGAGCCUCACCACCCUUCUUAUCGGAUUCAACUUCAAGGAUGAGACCAUGCCAGAGGAUGUUAGCGUUGAGGGUUUUGAGAAUCUCCAGGUUCUUUCUAUAAAUGAUUGUUCAUUGUCUGGAAAAAUACCUGAUUGGUUAUCAAAGCUGCCAAAUUUGGAGAUGUUAUUUUUACACGACAAUCAGCUCACUGGACCAAUACCUGACUGGAUCAGCAGCCUAAACUUGCUCUUCUAUCUAGACUUAAUGAACAACAGCCUUACAGGGGAAAUUUCGAGUUCCUUAAUGGAUAUGCCAAUGCUAAAGUCGGACAAAACUGCACCUAAGGUCUUUGAGCUGCCUGUUUAUAAUAAGAGCCCAUUUAUGCAAUAUCUCAUGCCCAGUGCUUUUCCUAAAGUACUGAAUCUAGGGAUAAAUAACUUCACUGGCAUGAUACCUGAGAAGAUUGGUCAGUUGAAAGGACUCAUUUCCCUCAACCUGAGCUCCAACCAACUAUCUGGAGAGAUCCCAGAAGCAAUCAGCAACCUCACGAGCCUGCAGGCGCUCGACUUGUCUGGUAAUCAUCUCAUUGGUACAAUUCCAGCUGCAUUAAACAAUCUGCACUUCCUUUCGACAUUCAACAUUUCCAAUAAUGACCUAGAAGGGUCUAUUCCAGAUGUGGGCCAGCUUAGCACGUUUCCAAAUUCUAGCUUUGAUGGCAACCCAAAAUUGUGUGGUCGUAUGCUUGUAAACCAUUGCAGCUCAACUGAAACACCUCUGAUCACCCAGAGACAAAAGAAAAAGAAGGGUAUUUUUGCGCUUGCAUUUGGUGUGUUUUUUGGAGGGCUGGCCAUUCUUUUCUUGCUGGCUCGUCUCCUUGUCUUGCUCAGGGGUACAAAUUUCAUGAGCAAAAGGCAGAGCAACAACAACAAUGACAUAGAGGCAACAUCUUCAAAUCUCAAUUCAGAAUACUCCUUGGUGAUGGUUCCACGAGGCAAGGGAGAACAAAACAAACUCACACUGACGGAUCUCCUGAAAGCUACAAAGAACUUUGACAAGGAUCAUAUCAUUGGCUGUGGAGGCUAUGGGCUAGUCUACAAGGCUGAGCUACCUGAUGGCUCAAAGGUCGCCAUAAAAAAGCUCAAUAGUGAAAUGUGUCUGAUGGAAAGGGAAUUCAGUGCAGAGGUUGAUGCACUCUCCACGGCAGAGCAUGACAAUCUUGUACCAUUCUGGGGUUACUGCAUACAGGGAGAUUCAAGACUGCUGAUAUACUCCUACAUGGAGAACGGCAGCCUGGAUGAUUGGCUUCACAACAGGGACACAGAUGACAACUCAUUUCUUGACUGGCCAAUACGGCUGAAGAUUGCACAAGGAGCAAGUCAGGGUCUAUCUUACAUCCACGAUGGAUGCAAGCCUCACAUUGUUCACCGUGACAUCAAGUCGAGCAACAUCCUACUGGACAAAGACUUCAAAGCUUAUGUUGCAGACUUUGGGCUAUCCAGAUUGAUCUUCCCCAACAGAACUCAUGUGACGACUGAGUUGGUCGGUACUCUCGGUUACAUCCCCCCAGAGUACGGGCAGGGAUGGGUAGCCACACUGAGAGGUGAUAUGUACAGUUUUGGUGUGGUCCUGCUUGAACUGGUCACGGGGAGGCGGCCUGUUCAAAUCUGUCCCAGGUCAAAAGAGCUUGUCAAGUGGGUACAGGAGAUGAGAUCCAAAGGGAAGCUGAUUGAAGUUCUGGAUCCAACGCUUCGAGGCACAGGAUAUGAAGAGCAGAUGCUGAAGGUGCUUGAAGUUGCUUGCCAGUGUGUCAACCACAAUCCUGGAAUGAGGCCAGCCAUACAGGAGGUGGUAUCUUUCCUGAACAGCGUAGAUGCUAACCUUCAGAAGCAAAAUUCAGUUAGCUCACAAUGUAGAUAGCAAAUUAUGCUGCAGUGUGCAGAGUAGAUCUUAUAGUUUAUAAGCAAGAGCUGCAAGUUCUGUGCUCACUAGCCUGAUUAGUUCUUUUGUACAGAUUGUGACCUGGCCCUAUACGGAAAUCUUGUAAUUCAUCUCCUCUUCCCCUCUUCGCAACACAAACUGUGUGCCAUGAGUAAUGAUAACAAGCAGUUGCUCGGUU